AUGACGAAAUCUGCUGAAGGAUCUUAUGAUUUUAAUGGAAGAACAUUUUCCACUUUAACUGUCAACAGUAAAACCAUACAUGAAGUGAAAGCAGACGACACUCGAGAAUUCUUGUCCAAGUACGACACUGUCAUGCUCGACUGUGAUGGCGUGUUGUGGGAGACGGACCAUGUCACCCCGAUUCCAGGAAUACCCCAGGCUAUGAGCGUCCUCCGAGAAACAGGAAAGCAGGUUCUGUUCGUUACAAACAACAGUAUUCCAGGGAGAAACUUCCUUGUUGACAAAUUUCAGAGGUAUGGUUUCAAGGGUUCUUUUGAAGAAAUCUUCACAGUGUCUUACGCAGCUGCAGUAUACUUGAAAAACGUUGCAAAAAUUCAGGGAUCCGUCUAUGCCAUGGGCACACCUGGCAUGGAGAUGGAGCUGAAGGAAUUAGGUCUGAAGUACCACGGCUUUGGACAAGAGACCGAUAAGCCAACACGUGACAAUGAUGAGCUUCUCGCCAUGACGUUUCACGAUGACGUUGAUGCAGUGCUUGUUGGAUUUGAUGAAUACUUUGACUAUAUCAAGAUGUACAAAGCAGCAAGCUACCUCACGAAAGAGUCCUGUCUUUAUGUUGCAACUAAUAAGCUCGAAGGUGGCGUUAUGAUUGGCCCCAAUAGGAGACAGCCAAUCACAGCAGCGAUGGUUCAAGCGGUAUCGGUUGCUGCCAAGAGGGAGCCAACACUUGUAGGCAAACCUGAUACACACAUGUACCAGUGUAUACAGGCCAUGUAUCCUAACAUUGAUAAGUCGAGAACACUCAUGGUUGGGGACAGCGUGAAGGCAGAUAUUGGGUUUGCCAAGGAGAUUGGUGUGGAUUCCGCUCUUGUGCUGUCAGGAGGAUCCAGCUUGGCAUCAGUUCAGGACAAUCCUGGUCUGGAGCCUGACUUCCUUCUCCAGUCACUGGCUGUUCUGGGUUCCAGUUAACCUUGAGGAGGGUGUGAAUUUUAUUAACAAAGACUUAUUUAGGCAGUGAUAAAAGGUGUGCUUCUGAUCAACCUCUGUCAAUACUUCUUGUAUUUUAUCAAUGCAUGGAGGUGUAGGAUGGGAAUUAUUCAGCGUGUUGUGAUUCGGCUGUCAUGAAAUAGUACCUUAACUUUUAUGAAACACAUUAUACAGGAGUAAAUCCUGCUGCAUCAGGCAACAAACACCUAAUUUUAUGCAAAUUGUUUGUGACAGGUUCUACUAGAAGAGCAGGGCCCCGUUCUUCAAAGGAUCAUAGUGCUAAGAUGAUCGUAACUCCCAUACUUUAACAUAGACUUAUGACUAUCGUAGCGCUACGAUCGCUCUGAGGAACUGGGCCCAGGACAUGCUUUUCCUUUACGCAGAUCCAUUCACUCAGUGAUAAAAGGUGCACUUCUGAUCUAUCUCCAUCAAUAUUUCUUAUAAAUUUUUGAUACAUGGUGCUGUAGGAUUGACAAAUAAUCAUCAGAAUAUUCAGGGCGUUGUGAUUCAGCUGUCAUCAAAUAGUACCAUACUCUUUAUGAAAUGUGUUUUAGAUGCGAUUAGAUCUUGCAGUACUGUUGUUCAGCAUCAGACACUUAAUUCUAUACAACUUGUGUGAUUGAUGGGUACUACUAAUAGAGCAGGACAUUCUUUUCCUGUCUGUGGACCCCUGUAGGCAUCUCUCACUGACGAAAGGUGUGCUUCUGCUUCCCAAUGCAUGGUGGUGUAGGACUGACAAGUAGUCAUCAGCGUUAUUCAGGGUGUUGUGAUUCAGCUGUCAUGAAAUAGUACAUUACCUUUUAUGAGUGAGUGAGUUUAGUUUUACACCGCUUUUAGCAAUAUUCCAGCAAUAUCAGGGCAGGGCACACCAGAAAUGGGCUUCACACAUUGUACCCAUGUGGGGAAUCAAACCCUGAUCUUCAGCGUGAUGAGCGAACACUUUAGGCACUAGGCUACCCCACCACCCCUCCUUUUAUGAAAUACAUUUUACAAUAAAUACUUCUGUUUGGCAUCAGGCAAGAAACACCUAUUUUUUUAUGCAAGCGGUGUGAGUGAUGGGUACUACUGGCAGGCAGGACAUGUUUUUUACCUUUCUGUGGAUCCCAGGAAUCAUUACUCAGUGAUCUAUUUAUAGAAUUUCCUGCCAUAUUUUGACUUUUAUACCCAAUGGAUUAUUUUUUAUCUGAUAAUCGAGAUUGAUUAUUCUCUAGUAUUUAAUGUUUAUCUAAUGGGGAUGGUAUUUAUGUAACUUUUUUCAAUUCUACAGGUUUAUAUUGACUUUUUGAUGACAGACAUCAAAGUUGUUAUAUGCAUUUAAUUAUUUUUGAUUGGUGUAAUGUUGUGUUUUUGAUUUGCGAAAAUCAACUAAGGCCAGAUGAGUUUAGUUUUUAGCUUGAUGGAGUUCCUAACAACAAGGGGAACAGAACAAGACUUUGUUAUGUUAACAAAAUACCUGAAAAGGUAUUAUCUUCAGGUGAAAUCCUUGCAGACCAGUGAAGAUCCGGGUUAGAAUUGAUUUUCAGCAACCCAUGCUUGUCGUAAGAGGCGAUGGGUGGUCAUGCUCGCUGACUUGGUUGACA